AAUGUAUUUUUCAUUAUGUUUCCAUCAGGACAGCAAGCUGAUGUCAUUGACACUACCAAAGUCUACAGAGACUGCAGCCAGCUGCCCAGCAACAGUCCAAGUGGUCUGUAUGUUAUUCAGCCCAAAGAUACCCACCCCUUAAUGGUGUAUUGUGAAAUGAACACAACUGGCGGUGGCUGGACUGUCAUCCAGAGGAACAGAGGUUCUGGUGAGCUGACCUGGGAUGAAUCCUGGACAACCUACAAGUAUGGCUUUGGGAACAUUCUGCAGGACCACUGGUUGGGGAUGGAGUACAUCUACAAAAUAGCAUCACAGACAAUCUAUGAAAUCCGUUUUGUUAUCUAUGAUGCAUCAAACAAUACGAAGUAUGCUGAUUAUAAUAUGUUCUUAGUGGAUAAUGAAACAAAUGGCUACAAACUGAGAUUGGGCAGCUACUUCGGGACUGCAGGAGAUGGCAUGACUGUACCAGAAGCCAACAAGCUGCAUGACAAUAGAAAGUUCUCCACCAAGGAUAAGGAUCAGGACAAUAAUAGUGGCAACUGUGCAAGUGGUUAUGGGGGAUGGUGGUAUGAUGCAUGUUUUGCCUCAAAUUUAAAUGUAAAGAGUGGCCUGACCUGGCACAAUCUCUGCACAAAAUGCAUGGGGUCUAUCAUCCUGAUUCGGCCAUCCAGUAUAUGCAGAGGUGCAUAAAGAGAAAAGUAGUGGAGUGGUUUGAAGCUCAUGAAGAGGCUGAAAGUAAACACUCGCCAGAUGUUUACC